AUGAGGGAACGAGGACCACGUCACCACCAUCAGAAGGAGGAGUCGAGAGGGAACGAGGACCACGUCACCACCAUCAAGGGCUACAGAUCCAAGAUCGAGUCGGAGCUCUCCAACAUCUGCGACGGCAUCCUCAAACUGCUCGACGAAAGGCUAAUCCCCUCCGCCAACGCCGGAGAUUCAAAGGUCUUCUACCUCAAGAUGAAGGGCGACUAUCACAGGUACCUGGCCGAGUUCAAGACCGGUGCGGAGAGGAAGGAGGCUGCCGAGAGCACUCUCACUGCCUAUAAGGCUGCUCAGGACAUUGCGAAUGUGGAUUUAGCCCCAACUCACCCUAUCCGUCUCGGAUUGGCACUGAAUUUCUCAGUAUUCUACUAUGAAAUUUUGAACUCCCCAGACCGUGCUUGCAAUCUUGCAAAACAGGCUUUUGAUGAAGCCAUUGCAGAGUUGGAUACACUGGGCGAGGAGUCCUAUAAAGACAGCACCUUGAUUAUGCAACUUCUCCGUGACAAUCUCACCCUAUGGACCUCCGACAUGCAGGAUGAAGGAGCUGAUGAUAUCAAAGAGGCUCCCAAACCUGAAGAAGGGAAACAGUGAAAUUGAACUCUUCUUUAUCUCCAUUUGGCGGAUUUUUUUUGUUAGUAUUUAUUUAAUUUGUUUUAAGUUCUGUUGUCUUGCUGUUUUGCGAUCUAGGAUUUGGCGUAGUGGUUACUGGAUUGUGUUUCAUAUUGAUUUCCAUUAUUGCAAUCUAAUAUAUAAAUGAAGCCAAAUUCUUAAUUUCCAGGAGUUGUUGAAUUGCCAUUUGUUGCAGCAUUUAUUACCUUCUCUGCAUGAACUUCAUUUCAAAUAAUAAUGGUGAAAUUUUUUAUUCUAA